AUGUCGCGCCCGCUACUUCCCGAGUCAGCAUACGAAGCUCUCGGCCUCUCUCCUGAAACGAUCAAAGACCUGAUGAAUCCCAAGCCUGCGCCCGAACCUACCGAAAUCCACGCGCCGAACCUCCUGCAGAGUGACGAAGACAAUGCGCGCCCCAUGUCGCCCAACGAAACUUCCAUAACGCUAUACGCCGAACUUCUGCUGCAUAUACGCACGGUCACGCUUUUUGCAUCGCUGCGCACAAAUUUCUCCCGGUCGACGGACGCGAAGCUGUCGUCUGAUGGCUCUUACAUCACUGUCUCUCAUGAGGGCCAGUCUGCGUCAAUACGUUUUCCUAUCAACGUCAAAGGCGGAGGCGACGCUGCGCUUGAACUACCGUCACAGCCUCCCACGAAGGAGUUAACACUCCGUCUUCAGCUGGAAGAAAAGGAAGGAAGCGAUCUUCUAGGGACACUGCAACGCGAAGACCGACAGGCCAACAUUGUACCAUGGGACGGCGCUUCGCUCAACGAUGCAAAGGACGUGGAGAUAACCUGCAAGGGCUGCGACAGUAUCCUUGUAGCGAAAGGAAAGAUUCAACAGUGGAGAGACCUGCCUAAUGAGAAUUGGGCUGAGAUGAUGGACUUUUGGCAUUGCCAUAAGCCGGACGAGCAUCACUUGCACGAUCACACACACGAUGAUGUUGUCGGUCAGAAGGGUUAUGCGGCUGGUAAUCGCCUGCAGGCUAUGGGAGGUGUAGGUUUCGUUGAUCUGGCCAGCUUUCUACUGGCAGAGUCGGAUUGCGAAGGCGCACAGCUCUCCUCUUCUCCCGAAGGCACAGAUCAAAAUCUGAUCCAAUGCAAACAUUGCAACCACACAAUCGGCGCCCACGAGUCCUCAACCGACGGCUGGCGAAUACGAAAAUGGGCCAUCAGCAUACGAUCUGCAAAAAUCACACCAUCGUCGCCAACUACGCAUACAGUCCAAAAAUGGAUAUCAGUCCGCCUCCUCCACCUCAUAGAAAACACCGGCCUCCGCAAGUUUCACAUCCACACCGCCGCACCACCCGACCAAUCCCAAGAAACCCCCAUACCCUCCCUCCUCAUCUGGGUCUUCACCCCCGACCUCCUCUUCUCCUCUUCCAUACCCACGCCCGGCCGUCUCGAUCCUACACGCACGAUGAAAGUCUUCUACCAGAAACAGACUUGGCAGGCUUUGAAGCCGGGUGAGCCGGAGAGUGCUACCAUAGAGGAUGUGGAGUUUCCGGCGGGUCUGUAUGAAGAGUUGGAGAAGGGGUUGGAGAGAAGUCAGAGGUUGUUGCCGCCGACGGCGAAGAAGUUUCAGGGGUGGGAUGUUGGGCUUUUGGAGAGGUUUGAGGUGGUUGAGGCGGGGUUGGGGUGUGUGGGGGAGGAGAGUGAAGCUGAUGGGAGUGGGGAGGGGCUGGGGAACGGGUUGGGCGGUGAGAUACCGGAGGAGGAUGUUGAUUAA